AAUACAAAGACAUCGACAGAGGGCGUCGCUACUCUAAAACAAAAGUGAAGUGAGGCCUGAUGGUAAGGUCGUAACUUCAAAUUAGAACUUCGGCUUUCAACUCAAGUCAAGACGAGUGGAAUUGUGGAAAAGAACAAUCAUAGAUAGAUUUCAGUAUCAUCUCAAGAUCAAAUCAUCACUAUGAAACAGGAAGUAAAUGAAGGCAUGACCCACGCUCAUAUAGGUCAAGACAAAUGUACCACACAAGGUAAAACCAUCAAGGUCAAACAGGAAGUAGAUGAAGACAUGACCGUCACGAAUACAGAUCAAGACCAAUGUAUCUCUCAAGGACAAAGUCAAAUCAUCAAGGUCGAACAGGAAGUAAAACUGGACACGGGUCAAGAACAAAUUACCACAAAAGGUCAAACAAUUCAGGUGAAACAGGAAAUAGAUGAAGACAUGACCAACCCUGAUAGAGGUCAAGUCCAAUGUAUCACACAAGAUCAAAACAUCAAAGUCAAAGAGGAAAACACGUUGACCCUAACUGGUACAGGUCAAGGCCAAUACCCCUUAGAAGGUCAAACCAUCACCAUCAAACUACAAUUACUUGAAGACCCAACCCUCACCAAUAACGGUCAAGACCAGUGUACUUUACAAGACCAAACCAUCAUCAUCAAACAAGAAGUAAAUGAAGACACAACUCUCACCCAUAAAGGUCAAGACCAGUGUACCACACAAGACCAAACCAUCAUCAAUCAAAAAGUAAAUGAAAGCACAACUCUCACCAAUAAAGGUCAAGACCAGUGUACCACACAAGGUCAAACCAUCGAGGAGGUCAAACAGGAAUUAGAUGAAGACAUGACCAACCCUGAUACAGGUCAAGACCAGUGUUCCACACAAGGUCAAACCAUCGAGGUCAUACAGGAAGUAGAAGAAGACAUGACCGUCCCUGAUACAGUUCAAGACCAGUGUACCACACAAGAUAAAGAGUUUGAGAGUGAAGAGGACAAGAGACAAUGUAACAUGACACAAUGCAGUGGAGAGAAGUCAUAUCGGUGUUUACAAUGCAAUAAAGAGAUUGAGAGUGAAGAGGACAAGAGACAAUCUAAUGCAACAGAAUGCAGUGGAGAAAAGUCAUAUCGGUGUUUACAAUGCAAUAAAGAGAUUGAGAGUGAAGAGGACAAGAGACAAUCUAAUGCAACAGAAUGCAGUGGAAAGAAGUCAUAUCGGGGUUUACAAUGCAAUAAAGACUUUGAGAGUGAAGAGGACAAGAGACAAUCUAAUGCAACAGAAUGCAGUGGAGAGAAGUCAUAUCGGUGUUUACAAUGCAGUAAGAUAUUCACAGAUGAGAGCACUUUAAUCGUACAUCUGAAAGCAUGCUUUAGAGAAAAAGGAUCUAUUAGCAAUCUUAGAACAAAGCUAGAUAUGAGCUUUAAGUGCCCCCAUUGUGAUAAGAUUUUUGAUUGUAAUGAUAAUCUAAUGACCCAUAUGGGAAUACAUGAAAAUGGAGACAAGCCUUAUAUUUGCUCUCAUUGUGAGAAGGGUUUUGCCCGAAAGGUACUUCUUACAAAUCAUAUAACAAUACAUUCGGGAGAAAAGCCUUAUCACUCUCAUUGUAAGAAGAGAUUCUUAACAAAAAGAGAUCUUACCCGUCCCAUAAGAACACAUGCAGGAAAAAAACCUUAUCAUUGCUCUAACUGUGAGAAGAAAUUUUCUUGUAAGGGUGAUCUUACCAUUCAUUUAAGAACGCAUAGUGGAGAAAAACCUUAUGCAUGCUCUCAUUGUGAGAAGAGAUUUUGUGACAAAAGCACCUUAUCCCGUCAUGUGACAACACAUACUGGAGAAAAGCCAUAUGCUUGCUCUCAUUGUGAGAGGAGGUUUUCUACAAAAAGUGAGCUUACCCGUCAUAUAAGAAGACAUACUGGAGAAAAGCCAUAUGCUUGCCCUCAUUGUGAAAAAAGAUAUUCUUACAGUACUUAUCUAAAAGACCAUUUAAGAACUCAUUCUGGAGAAAAGCCUCAUGUUUGCACUUAUUGUAAGAAGAGAUUUUGUACAAAGAUUGAGCUUACCCGUCAUAUACGAACACAUACUGGAGAAAAGCCUUAUGCUUGCUCUCAUUGUGAGAAGAGAUUUUCGAAGAAGAGAAAUCUUACCCUUCACAUAGUAACACAUACUCAAGAAAAACCUUAUGCAUGCUCUCAUUGUGAGAAGAGAUUUCGUGACAAAAGCACCUUAACCCGUCAUGUGACAACACAUACUGGACAAAAGCCUCAUGCAUGCUCUCGUUGUAAGAGGAGAUUUUCUACAAAGAGAGAGCUCUCUUGUCAUAUGAUUUCACAUACUGGAGAAAAGCCUUAUGUUUGCACUUAUUGUCAGAAGAGAUUUAGUAACAAGACCCAUCUUACCCUUCAUAUAAGGACACAUACUGGAGAAAAGCCUCAUGCUUGCUCUCAUUGUGAGAAGAGAUUUUAUGAUAAAAGCUCAUUAACCUGUCAUAUAAGAACGCAUACUGGAGAAAAACCUUAUUCUUGCUCUUAUUGUGAGAAAAGGUUUUCUAACAAGACCAAUGUUAUCUGCCAUAUAAGAACACAUACUGGAGAAAAGCCAUAUGCUUGCUCUCAUUGCGAGAGGAGGUUUUCUACAAAAAGUGAUCUUACAGUUCAUAUAAGAAGACAUACUGGAGAAAAGCCAUAUGCUUGCUCUCAUUGUGAGAAGAGAUUUUCUGAUAAAAGAUCAUUAACCUGUCAUAUAAGAACGCAUACUGGAGAAAAACCUUAUUCUUGCUCUUAUUGUGAGAAAAGGUUUUCUAACAAGACCAGUGUUAUCUGCCAUAUAAGAACACAUACUGGAGAAAAGCCAUAUGCUUGCUCUCAUUGCGAGAGGAGGUUUUCUACAAAAAGUGAGCUUACAGGUCAUUUAAGAACUCAUACUGGAGAAAAGCCUUUUGCUUGCUCUCAUUGUAAGAAGAGAUUUUGUACAAAGUCAGAGCUUACCCGUCAUAUACGAACACAUACUGGAGAAAAGCCUUAUGCUUGCUCUCAUUGUGAGAAGAGACAUUCUACAAAGGGUAAUCUUGCCCGUCAUAUGACAACUCAUACUGGAGAAAAGCCUUAUGCUUGCUCUCAUUGUGAGAAGAGGUUUUCUACAAAGGGUGAAUUAACCCGUCAUGAAAAAACACAUAUUGGAGAAAAGCCUCAUGCUUGCUCUCAUUGUAAGAAGAGAUUUUGUACAAAGAUUGAGCUUACUCGUCAUAUACGAACACAUACUGGCGAAAAGCCUUAUGCUUGCUCUCAUUGUGAGAAGAGACAUUCUACAAAGAGUAAUCUUACCAGUCAUAUGACAACUCAUAUUGGAGAAAAGCCUUAUGAUUGCUCUCAUUGUGAGAAGAGAUUUAGUAGCAAGACCCAUUUUACCUUUCAUAUGAGGACACAUACCGGAGAAAAGCCUCAUGCUUGCACUUAUUGUCAGAAGAGAUUUAGUAAGAAGGCCCAUCUUACCCUCCAUAUAAGGACACAUACCGGAGAAAAGCCUAAUGCUUGCUCUCAUUGUGAGAAGAGAUUUUCUGAUAAAGUUCAUUAA